CAAAACACAAUAACAACGAUAUCUACCUCAUAGUUCAAUUCGCCUUCUUCCGUGUUCUUAUCAUAUCUGAUAUCAGUUUCAUACCAUUUUCACUCUUCUACGCUAAUAUCUACAACUGAAACACUCACCCUCACACAUCCCAAUUAACUACUUUAUACCACACAAACAUCUACUUAUCCAUACCCCUAAUUAUCUGGUUUAUCGAAUCGAUUUCAAUCUAAUAUCUGAUUUAUUACAUCGAUCUGCAGCAUAACUACACAUUGUUCGUAUUGAUCCAUAACUCUGAUUCAACACAUCGAUCUAUCACAUCCAAUUCAUAGAUCCAAUCAUAGAUACUCGCACAUCUCAAUGAGCCAUUCGCUGCUGCCCAAUAGCAAGCCAUCGAUAUUUGGCUGGGUCAAGAACUUGAAGCGAGGGAAUCUCUUGUCGAGUGACUCAGUCAACGACAUAACCUCCGACAACGAGAACCUCCAGUCUGUAGAUUCGCGUUCUCCCACAAAAGCUAAGAAUAUUGCUCUACUGCUUUCGCAGCUGCAAUCCUCAUCGAUUCUUCCAACCUCACAAGCUUCUCCACCCAAUGCUGGCCACCAGGAUUUCCUAAGACCGCUCCUCCACCAGAAAUCGCGAUCCACAAACAACGUUAAUCGCGUCAGAUCCAAUUCACUCAAUCAACUGGAGAAGUCGUCGUCGUUGAGACAACACAGAGACUCGUUUCUCCAACACAACCCUCUCGUAGACGAAAAUAGCAAGUAUUUCGGAGUCCCGCUUGAGGUCGCUAUCAGAGAAGCUUCGGCCAAAAUCUCCAUCCUAAACCCAGACCCUUCGGAUCACGGUCUCCAGUAUGGCGAGAUCCCAAUUGUCGUUGCUAAAUGUGGAGUUUUCCUCAAGAACAAUGGGCUCACAGUUGAAGGUAUUUUCAGAGUAGGAGGCUCGUCCAAACGUUUGAAAGAACUUCAGCAUAUCUUCAACACUCCGCCAAUAUAUGGGAAAAAGUUGAAAUGGGACGGUUACACUGUUCAUGACGCUGCCUCCAUCUUAAGAAGAUACCUCAAUGCGUUGCCCGAGCCGUUGAUCCCCUUGGGCCUUUACGAAUCCUUCAGAGAUCCUUUACGUAAGCGUACCAGAAUCAUCAAUUACAUGAAGUACAAGGCGGAAAACCCAUCCAAGACAUCCAAGUCGGCCUUGAGCUCUUCCACAGCCUUACCUGUAGAAACUGAAUCAACUUCUUCUCAGUUGACAGAAGCCAAUAUCGAUCGUUUGAAUGAGACAGGAUCUACGGUUACUGCUGCUGCUGCCGCUUCUCAUCCUACAAUUACUGUUGUUUCUGAAUCUCAGCAACAGAAUCCAGGAGAAGAACAAUCUACCGGAGAAAUAAACGCUGCUAUUAUGGAAGGAUCUUCUCUGCAGCUCACAGAAGAAGAACAAAGAAAAUCGUUAAAGAAAUCAAAGAACUACAAAAAAUUAACCAGAGACGUCCAUGAAGCUAUUGAAGAAUAUAAACAGUUGCUUGAUGAAUUGCCCACAGCUUCGAGACAGUUACUUUUCUAUAUUUUGGACUUGUUGGCAAUGGUUCAGAAUCAUUCUGGGGAGAACUUGAUGUCGUCGAGAAAUUUGGCUGCAAUCUUCCAACCAUCCAUACUAUCGCAUCCCAACCAUGACUUGGAUCCAGAAGAGUACGCCUUGUCGCAGCUGGUUGUUGAAUUUUUGGUUCAGUAUGCUUAUAAGCUUCUUCCUCAGCAAAGUCCUCCAUCUGGCAAGAUAGUUCCUGCUGGAGAAGCUGCUGAACAAGCUACUGAAGACCCGAACGCUCAUAUAGAUGCUAAUUCCAACGGCAAUACUGGUGUUGUAGCCCCUGCACCACUCAAGAGUGAAGAUUCUCAUAGCAGUGUAACGUCUACCAGCACCACUCCAAUAGAAGAAACGGGUUUGCUCAGUAAGCCUACCCUGGCCAAAUUUAAAAGACAGCACAGUAAGUCGUUGCCUUCUGCUGACGAUGUCGACAACGAUUUGGUUGGUUACCACAACAGCGUCAAGUCUAAGAACUCAAUACCCGUCAUCGACUCAGAUAACGAUUUCGAAAUCACCGACGAUGAAAUCGAAGGAGACAACUCCGAAGAAGACUUGCAUCUCAGACUCAACAAUGGGUCUGUACAGAGUCAAGAUCAAGUUCAACAUCAUAAUACGUUGCCUAUAGAGACUUCACUGUCGUCUGUUGCCAUCAUAGUAUCUACGCCUUCUUCGAAGGUGGUUCCUGUUUUGGUGAAGGACAGCUCGACACAGUAGCUGCUGUGAAUAGGGCUUAUUUUGAAGUUAACGACGCAAUGAUAAAUGAAGGUACUAUGUUUCUCAACAAAGGUUUUGGUUCAGUUCUUGUAAUAAUGUGCAACUUUUCCGUGGGUUUCGAUUGCGAUAGUUUUGUCUGUUUUAUGUGUGAAUUUUCGUGUAUAGGUUGUUCGCUUGGUGUAUUUCUCUGGCUGGCUAAGUUAUAGAAGUGUGUACAAGUAGAGCGGAUUUUGGCCAGAAUAGCUGGAGUAAAUGCUUUUGACUGUGUAUGAGCUUUCUUUAAAUGUAACAGUGUUUAU